AUGGACAACACGGACGAAGCGCUCAUCGGUUACCUAUACGCUGCCAAGGCUCCGGACGCCAGCAUCCUCAAGAUUGGAAAGACCCGAAACGACCCGGGCACCUACGUGGCCAGGCGGUAUGCCUACUAUCUGGAGAUGACCAACCUUCUGAGGGUCUUCAACGUGGACAUGGCAGAGAAGGUCGUCCAUCAUCGCCUCAAGCACAUGCGAGCGGACCGAGGGGGUGGCAACGAGGUGUUCCAUGACAUGGACUGGAGGGAGGUCCAGCAGGAGUUUGAGUUUGCUGCCUGUCUCUGUAGGGACGACGCCCUCUUGAACGACUACUGCGAUUCCAAUAAUAUCCAGCAACUGAGUCGGGGCAUGUCCCGAAUGAACCCCCGCUACGAGAGAGUGGAGAUCAUGAGGAGGGUGCGGAAUCCGCGGGACAUGAGCAACCUCCUGGUGGCUCUCUGCUAUCCUGGAAACAUCAAGUCGUUCGUCUCGCAGACGGAAUCCUUCGACCUCGCCUUACGUUUCAUCAACAAGGCAAGGCACUGGUACUUUAGGCACCGCUCGGAGUGGAAGUUCCGUUCGUCCGAGCGGUACGGUACCAGCGCGGUGCAAGGGACCGGAAUAGCCGACUUACAAAGACAGCUGGCCUGGGUCAAGGAGAAGACGCGAGUGCGCGCCGCAGGCAAAACUGCUUUUGGCGGAGGUUGA